AUGUCAGUAAACUCCACGAAGAUUGAUAAGUUCGAUAAUCCUGUGGGAUUGGUUGGCCAUCAUCGACUCUGUGAUAAAUUGAAUAAGGAUGAUUAUAAAUUGAUGUUCUGGACAGGAGAGACAGGAAUGGUGGUGCUGAUUUGCUGGAUGUUGAUGGUGGUGCCAAGAGUAAUGGUGGUGAUCUCUGAAAACCCGAAAGCCGGUCCAAGAUUAUGCUCUCUCCGAAUCCAAGACGGAAGUCCCAACGUCAUUUUGAACAAAUCCGAAAACAACAUGGCACCAGUCUUAUACACCAGAAGAAAACUAGAUUUGGAAAACGAAGUCAUAUCUUCCAGUAAACAUCAAAAUCCCUCAAACACCAAACUCACCCUCCGAGAUUUGAUGGAAAUCAACCGAAAACUAUUGGCAGUUGGUCAAAAUCAGGAGCAAGAGGAUAAGGUGAGGUUGUUCCGGAACAAAUUGGAUGAUGAUAAAUUAGGUGAUCAGCAAGAAGGUGUUAGACAAGAUCCUUGUGGUGAGAGUAGUGCUGGUAAAAAUGAUAAGAGAACGUUGGGUGAUUAUAGUGGUGAAGGUUAUAGUGACAGGUGUAUGGUGUACCAGGAUAGCAACUACAAUAAAUCUGACCAGGACACUGGUAAAACUUUUGGUCACUACGAUCCAAACAAGUACGAUGAUAAUUUAGGGCAAAACAACUGGAGCAUCAGUGGCCCAGCUAUUUACAACACCACAAACCGCGACUCAGGAAUCAACUUAUCAGACGACGUCGACACAAAUCACGCUGAAGAAUCCAUCAACCAUCCAGAAAACUUCAACAACAACCAAAUAGACAAACUAAACUCCAGCACAGGUGACAACACAAGCCAAUCUCUAGAAUCAAGUUCCAUGUCAAGUGCAGAAAUUCGAGAAAGUGCCCAACUUUUACGCCAACAACUCCACAGAGUCGCAGAAUGGGUCAACGCCAAUGCCAACAUGGAUAAUGCAAAUUGCACAGACAGUGAUAGUGGUUCCCAUAAAAAUAGAUCUAAAGCCAGUUAUAAAUCCCACAGAAUGUCCCUGGAUAGUGUGGAUUUGUACAGGAACCUGGACUAUAACCAGAGAAUUAGGUUGCAUCAAGCCAACGACGAUAAAGAUGGUACCAGAAACAAGGUGCCGGAGCAAGAAAACGUUUGCAAUGGUAAUAUUAGUGAGGAGAAAGAAAUGACUGAUUUAGAGCAGAUGGAGUAUAAUGUGAAGCAGUUUUUGUUGAGGCAGAAUGAGUGGUCGGUUUGUAAUAGUCAUAUAUCAAAAAUGAACCACACAGGCCUGAUAUUAGUAGUGAUCACAAUUUAUCAAAUUUUGGUCCAAGGAGCACCAAGUGACCCCAAAAUUAGCACUGAUUUGAGAUUAAGUGAAGAUCACAUUUCACAAAUAUCCAAACAACAAAUUGAGGAAAUAAAAAAUUUGCGAAAGCAAUUUGAAGAAAACUUGGUAAAGAGUCAAAACCAGAAAGUACCAGAAUUAAAAAAUGAUAAAAAUUUAAAAAAAACUAAUAUUUUCGACACUAAAGUUGCAAUUUUGGAUGCCCAAAAUGCUGAUUUAUCAAAUAAAUAUUUAGAGUUCGAUUUGGAGCUUCAGAAUAACCAAACAGAAGUCGAGGAUCAGAUUUUUGAGGAUUCUACAGGAAAUUCUACAGAAAAUCCAAAUUCUUCAAAGUUCAUUCUGUUGAACAAAGAUCGUCUGCAGCAGAAGAAGGAUAAAAUUAAUUAUUUCAUCGAUAAGUAUGUUUUGCAUCUUAAUGUCACCACUACUAGUUCCACGACGACGACACAAGGCACUACUUCUGGUACAACAACAGGUACGACAACCACCACAACCACGACCACAACAACCACAACCCCAAGUAGUAUGACAACUGGUGGUGUAACAGAUCCUGCAACAGAGAUGGUAACAAACCAGCCAACCCAGAUGCCUCCUGAUCCCACGCAACCACCACCAACAGAUCCUCCAGUAACCCAACCACCAGCACCGACAGAUCCUCCAGUAACCCAACCACAACCACCAACAGAUCCUCCGGUGACCCAACCACCGCCACCAACAGAUCCUCCGGUGACCCAACCUCCGGUAACUCAACCACCGCCAACACAGCCUCCAGUUACUGAUCCUCCUGUGACCCAACCACCAGUGACUGAGGAUCCUGGCCCUGAUCCUGGACCAGAUUUUCCUGACUAUGAUGUUUUGCAACCGUCACCAAAAAAAGAAGUUGCUGGUGACCAAAUGGAAAUUAUGAAAGAUUCGACCACGACAGACAAAUCUAAGAUCAUUCCAAUAAUCGACCAACUAUUUGGAAAUUUAUUCCAAUUCCAAAAACCUGAAAAACCGCAAACUUUGCAUUUGCACGAAAUUAUUGGAGACAUAAGAUGCGGUUGA